CUGCUCCAAAAGAUGACACAACCACUGAAGCGCGUCAAGUCCAACAACGAUGCCAUCACCCCCGUCGCCAUUGUGACCGGAGGGUCCAAGGGAAUUGGCGAAGCUUGCGUCGAGAAGCUCCUCUCGAAGGGGUAUGACGUGUACAACCUCGACAUUGCACCGUCCAAGAUCGGAAAUUUCGUCGAAGUCGACGUUGGCCGCGUGGCUGACGUGGAAGCUGCGAUUGCUACGAUUGCAGCCCAAACUGGUCGCAUUGAUGUCUUGGUUGCCAACGCCGGUGUGUACUUGAGCGCGAACAUUGAAGACACGACCGAGGAAGCCCUCGACAGAAUCAUCUCGAUCAAUAUCAAGGGCGCGUAUGCUGCAGUCCGAGCAGUGCUUCCAAGCAUGAAGGAGCAAAAGAAGGGCAGCAUCAUAUUGAUGUCAUCGGACCAAGCGUUUGUGGGCAAGAAAACCUCGUUUGCGUACAACAUGUCCAAGUGUGCAUUGGCGUCGAUGACCCGCACGACAGCGCUGGACUAUGCGAGCUUCAACAUCCGCGCGAACGCAGUGUGCCCUGGCACGAUCGACACGCCAUUGUACCGCCGCGAGAUCAACCUGUGGGCAGAAACAUCGGGUACCCCCGUCGAGGACAUUCACGAGAGCAUGGGGUCGUUUCAACCGUUGAACCGUGUCGGGUUGCCGGUGGAAGUCGCCAACUUGGUGGCGUUCUUGGCAAGCGACGAGGCGUCCUUCAUCACGGGCAGCUUGCACUCUGUCGACGGCGGGUUCGUCGCCCAAUAAAGCUGACUGUAGUAUAUGCCAUGGCAUCGUUCCAUUAUCA